AGCUGACAUUCACCGCCCACCCGACCCAACCGAAUUCAACUUGUCCCGCAGCGCGCUUUUUACAUUUCGAAUUUUUUCAUUUACAAUUUUUCGAUUACCCUAAUUGCUGUUAUUAGAAGUGUGUAAAAUUUAUGCAUCUGAAAAGUGAUAGAAAAUCGACGCAAAAUCGUGAAAAGUAAUCACAUGUCACCAAAGCGGAAGGCUUUGCUAGCUGCGCAAUUGUAAAGAAAAAGUUCAAGUAAAUCCUACACACCGUUGCCGGGCUUAAUUGUGGAAGAAAAACAAACAAAAUGACAAAUAUGCGCCCACCGCAGAAAUCCAAGCUGCUGAAGGUCGUCAUACUGGGCGAUGGGGGCGUGGGCAAGUCUGCCCUGCUCACCCGCUUCGUAUCGAACCGUUAUGAGGAGAACAACUUCCAUACGAUUGGCGUCGAGUUCAUGAACAAGGACAUCGUGGUCGACGGGGAGCGGUACACCCUGCAGAUAUGGGAUACGGCUGGACAGGAACGAUUUCGGGCACUGCGCACUCCCUUCUAUCGGGGAUCGGACAUUUGCCUGCUCUGCUAUGCCCUGGACGACCGGGACAGUCUGCGGGGAUUGGGUUUGUGGCGCAACGAGUUUCUUAACUAUGCCGACGUGGAGGCGGACAAGUUUCCCUUUAUUGUGGUGGGCAACAAGAGCGACAUCCAGCCACAUAAGCGACAGGUCAGCUACGAGAGUGUCCAGCAGUGGUGUGCGGAGCAACAGAUUGCCUCCCACAUAGAGACGUCCUCGAAGGCGGCGAUGAAUGUGAGCGACGCCUUUGUGCUCGGUCUGCGCCAGUGGAAGCACUUGGAGUGCGUGGCCGAGGCUGAGCUCCGCCACAAUGGCGACACCAUUGACUUGACACGACCCAUACGCCUCGUGCAACGGCGCCUCUGCUGCACAGGAGGUGGCGGCAUCAAUAAAGACGGUGAUGGGGAUGGCGACGGCGAUGACGCUGCCAUGCGCACCCCAUCCAAAAAACUGUUUGGACAGAAGCGCAGUGCACCAAAGGCGCCAGCUACCAAUUACCGACUGUGAGCAUUGAAGCUGUCAUGUCACGGGAAUUUACGCUUAAUUUAACCAAGCGGUUAAGGGUUCGCCUCAAGCUCAAUGACGAGCUCUGAACCACACGCUAUGCACAUUCCAAUACGGAGGAGACAAGGAGUAGACCAAAAAGUCAUGCGAUAUGACGUACAAUUUGUAUUGAUUAUGCCCAAGGAGUGCGAAUAACAUUCUAAAUGAAGUUAGAUACUCGUAAAAGAGAUGAAGAUUGUAUGAAGUAUUUGCAGUACAAUGAUCCACCACAAUGAUUUGUAUUAAAUAACACUCUGUUGAUA